AUGCCGGAAACAACUCGGAAUUCCCUUAACGAAAUCCCUUUACUAGCGCGACCGCGUACUGGCACCGAUGCAUCCCAGGCGACUGGUACGGCGGGAGUACGCUUUGUGGCCCCACCCGCUGGGAAGACCCUGCAGCGGUUCCAGAGGCAGCGCGACCGUAUCCUCACGUCGCAACGACGUUGGGAGAGCAUUAAGUCUGACUUGCCGCCUCAACUGUCUCGGAAACACAUCGGGAUGAUAUCCAUCGGUGGUGUGAUUGGUACUGGCCUCUUCCUCGGGUCGGCAGAUGCCAUCCGCUACGGAGGCCCGGUUGGAGCGUUCCUCGGAUACCUGAUAGUGGGCAGUGUCGUGUACUGUUUGUGCGUCUCGAUAGGAGAGAUGAUCGCCUACCUACCGAACGUUGGCGGAGUCGUGGGUCUCGCUGACCUGUACGUGGACCCCGCGCUUGGGUUCUCAUUGGGAUGGGCAGCUUGGUACAACUGGAGUAUCACACUGCCGGCAGAGAUCACUGCGGCGGCGGUUGUCAUCGGAUACUGGGAUACCCAUGGCAAGAUACACGUUGCAAUCACGUCCGGCUUCUUUCUAGUCAUUGCGACCGCAAUCAACUGCUUCCCCUCCAGAUACUACGGAGAGGUCGAGUUUUACAUGUCAUGUCUGAAGGUGACCACGAUCGUUAUCAUAAUACUCAUCGGCUUGCUCAUCGACCUCGGGGCGUCCGAUCGAGGUACUAUUGGGUUCAAAUUUUGGAAGGAACAGCCCUUCGCGCAUUCCUAUCUCGGUAUCGGAGGAGCAAAGGGGCGAUUCCUUGGAUUCUGGGCUGUCCUCAUGCAGGCGUCCUUCUCGUUCUUCGGCUCUGAGGUACCUGGCAUAGCGGCAGGGGAAGUGAUCGAUGCAACGCGGAAUGUCCCGCGUGCUCUGCGCAGGGUUUGGAUCCGAAUUACCCUGUUUUACUUGGGAGGCAUUCUAACCGCGGGGCUUCUCGUGCCCGCUGACGACCCGCGUCUGACCGCAGACGACAGCACAGGAAGAAGCUCACCGUUCGUGAUCGCAUUCAAAAUUGCGGGAUACAAAGUGCUCCCAGACCUCGUGAAUGCGUCAAUCCUCAUAUCAGCGUGGUCUGCGGCGGCGUCGGACAUAUACAUCAGCAGCCGCUUUCUGUUCUUCCUCGCACGGCGCGGCCACGCGCCCUCUUUCCUUGCGUAUCUAUUCCGGCUCAACCAGCCGCGAACGGUGGAGACCCACGGGAGCGAGAGCGAGGCGACCGACGCGUCUGACGCGAAUAGCGACGACGAGGAUUCUGUAGUCGAAGAACCCCGUGCGAGCCCGACGAUAGAAGACGGCCUGGGCAGUGCGGAGGACUGGGACCGAGCGCUCGAGAAGAGCUCGACCUACGUCUUGCCGCUGGCCAGCGUCCUCGUCUCAGCGUCAAUGGGCCUCUUCACGUUUCUGAGCUCGGCCUCGGGCAGCGCUAAUACCACAUUCCAAUGGCUCGUCGCCGUCACGAGCGUGGCGUCUCUGCACUCGUGGGCCGGGAUGCUGUACACGUAUAUCAGGUGGCACCAGGGCACGACGUAUGUCGAGAAGAAGUGCCAAGACCCCGCAGAGAUGUCACCGGAAGAGCGGGAGGCUGCGAUGAUACAGAUCGAGGUAAUCAAGAAGAACCGGCAGUGGGGCCAGCCAUACCUCGCGUGGUACGCGUUCUCGUUGUGCAUGUUGGUGCUCUUCACGAACGCCUGGGCGGUGUUCGUGCAUACCGAUUGGCAGAUAGGCAGGCUCACAGAUUCAUCCGAGGUCACAAACACUACGGCCACAAACGCUACGGUUACAAACACUACACAGCAAGCCAACCCGGCCUUACAGUCACGCGACGACCAGAAAGUGGCAAACCCAAUCUCACAGUUCCUCUCCGCCUAUGUGCCGAUUCCAUUCUUCCUGCUGCUCACGUUUGGGUACAAGCUCAUCAAGCAAACACAGAUGACCCGGCUUGAUGAGAUGGUAUUCUACCGCGGGAGGAUCCCGCCGUUUGACCCGCGCAAUGAGGAGCCGAAGAACCGCCUGGAGAGAUUCUUGCAGUGGAUCCGGAUCAUAUAGCGGCACGCAGGGCGCCGGCAGAGGGACCGACUCGCGAGGCGGCAGACGUGGCUGCUCGGUGCGCAGACUCACGUAGCACGCGCGGAAUAGCACGCCGAGAGGACUCUACACA